AUGGGUUAAACUUGUUCAGCAUAUUGCUCCAACUACAAAUAGAAUGGCUAUAUCGCCGAGGAUACAAACCAGUAGGUUGAUGCUCCCGCUUAAGACUCAAAGAGAUAAUUUCCAUCAGUCACUCUAGAAAAUGGAGCUAUAUACACAGGAGAGUGGAACAGAGGAAUGCGUGAAGGCUAAGGGUAUUAGGAGUGGCCUGAUGGCUCGAGAUAUAUUGGAGAGUGGAAAAAUGACAAAGCAAACGGAUAUGGCAAACUAUUUCAUGCAGAUGGAGAUAUAUAUGAGGGAGAGUGGGUGGAUGACUAAGCUCAUGGGCAAGGUAAAUACAUUCACAACAAUGGCGCAAUAUAUGAAGGUGAAUGGGUAAACGAUAAACAGCAAGGCUACGGUGUCGAAAUAUGGCCAGACGGCGCCAGAUACGAGGGAAUGUUUGUAGACGGCAAAAAAGAAGGCUAGGGUAUUUUGAAAUUCGCAGAUGGCUCAGUAUUUCAAGGUUAGUUCUCAGAUAAUGAAAUAAAUGGUCAUGGCACUUACAUCUGGAGUGAUGGCAAAAUAUAUGUAGGGGAAUGGCAAUCAAACAAAAUGCAUGGGCGAGGCCAGCUGAAAUGGGCAACUGGGAAAUGCUACGAAGGUGAAUUCAAGGAUGACAAGCGUCAUGGACACGGAUUAUUUGUUUGGAAUGACGGUCGUAUGUAUGAUGGGCAAUGGCGUAAUGGGAAAUAGCACGGAAGAGGUGUAUUCAAAACAGCUGAUGGUGUUGAACUAGUUGGAGAAUGGAACGAUGGAGAAAGGACCAAAUGGUACAAUAAUGGCAAUCAGCAAAUAGAUUUGAGUAGUUAAGGUAAAACUGCGCAGUGGAAUCAAAUGAGCUCAUCAAGACUUUCAUCUUAGUAGUGA